UAUCCGAAAAGCCGCGGGGGCGCGCUGACCUGCUAAUGAACACAACAAGGCUUAUUGUGGAAACAACCGUUUGCGGCAAACAUAUAGGCUCAAAUUAUGUUCGAGUCGCCGCUGAAAACUGUAAAGGUCUUGAAAUCUAGGUCGGAGAGCCAUGAGGAGUUACAUGAAAUGGAAACGGUACUUCCUAGGAGGUCUGGCGACCGAGAAAAGAAGAAAAAGAAAAUGAAGCAACAAAAACAUAAACGGGAGAAGCGUGCUGACUCUGUUCCGGAAACUUGCACUGAAGAGUUGCCGGUAACAGUGUCCAAGGAGAGGAGAACAGGAGAGAAAUGCUCUGUUACGCGUGCAGAUGACCCGAUAGUCAGGGGAAUAUUUAAAAUCGAGAAAAAAAGCUGCGAUGUAGUUCUUACUGCGACAAGGUUAAUAUGGACUCAAAUUCAACCGGAGACCCCUACAGGUGAACCGGACUCUCACAAGCAGGAGGAGCACUUGGAGCUGAGAGAAGUGUUUGCAGUGAAGGUGAAGAAGCGUCGUUCCAUUGGUCAACAGAUGGGUGGCACACUCCUGGGGCUCACCCUCUUCUGCUGUGUGAGGAAGGGCCUCAAACUCAAGGACAAGGCCCUUCAUCUCAACAACAUGAGUGCAGACCACUGCCAGGUCUGGUUCACGCACCUGAAGGAGAUCCUAAAUGGUUACCGGGACAGACCCAAAUCUCUGAAAGUGUUUGUAAAUCCCACCAGCCACAGGAAGGAAGCCUACCAGCUCUACAGGGACGACGUAGCGCCGCUCUUUAAGCUCGCCGACAUAAAGGCAGAUGUCACAGUUACUCAGAGGAAGGGACACGCUCUCUCCGUCCUGAAAGAAUGCAAGCUGAACGAAUAUGACGGCGUGGUCGUUGUCGGGGGAGACGGCUCCGUCGCCGAGGUGGCCCACGGGCUGCUGCUCCGGGCCCAGAUGGAUGCUGGGAGAGACACAGACUCCAUCUUCACGCCUGUCCGAGCAGCACUUCCUCUCGGGGUAAUACCAGCAGGCUCCACUGAUAUUGUUGCCUGCUCUGUUCAUGGAAUAAGACAUCCUGUCACAGCUGCAAUGCAUAUCAUAAUGGGGAACCACCAAGCCGUGGACGUCUGCAGCUUCAGCUCGCAAGGUCAUCUGCUGCGUUUCGGGUUCUCUGCCAUGUUCGGUUUCGGCGGACGGACACUGGCGCUGGCCGAGAGGCACCGCUGGAUGCCACCCACCCAGCGGCGGGAGUUUGCCCUGGUCAGAACUCUGGCCAAGCUGAAGCCUGAAGAUUGCGAGGUGUCCUUUCUGCCCCUGAAACAGGCACAGGGAACAAUACAGGAGCCAAAAUGUAGAGAGCCGGUGAGGGACAUUGGAAGGAGAGCCUCGGAGGAAGACGAAGCAUGGCAGACUGUCCAGGGCCUCUUCCUCAACAUAAGUAUCAUGGCGAUACCCUGCAUCUGCUCCAUGGCUCCUCGAGGACUGGCUCCCACCACCAGGCUGGACAACGGCAGCAUGGCCCUAAUUGCAGUGGGAAACGCAUCCAAGUCAGAGUUCAUCAAGCACCUGAAGAGAUACAGCAGUGUAAAUAACCAGUUCAGCUUCAGAUUUGUGGAAACACACUCCGUCCAGGCAGUGAAGUUGAGGCCUCGCUUUCAGGGCAGCUGGGCUGAUGAACCGUCGGAGGAGAAUGCAGAGUUUGACUCAAAACACAGGCCCAUAAUCUCCUCUGAGGGAACUUACCCAUGGAACAUUGACGGUGACUUGCUGGAGGUGCCCUCUGAACUCCUCAUCAGGGUGCACCCUGAACUUAUCACGCUUUUCGGGGUGAACGUGGAGGAAACCGAAGAGUCCCUGAUCAAGUGCAGCUGCAUUUAAGCCGCUGUCUCCACACCAACUUACCAAAGGCUUUUCUAGGCAUAAAGGGCUUCACAUGACCACUGCUGUGCACUACUCUAAGUUCACUACACAGUGAAUAUCGGGAUGUCAAAGUAGACAACACACUGUCUUUAGACACAACAUUAUUUAACUAUUAUUUAAAUGCAAAGGCAAAAUACCCAUCAAACAUUCCAGUGCAUACAAACUCAAAGCUAAACUGAAUGUAAUCUGUAAAAUAUUGCA